AUGGGAAUCAAUAACCCAAUUCCAAGAAGCUUGAAAAGUGAGUCUAAGAAAGCUGCAAAAGUUCUUGCAAGCUUUAUUAAACCCAACCAAGUUGCUGGCCCUGAACAGGUGAUUCCGCCUGAAGUCUUGAGAAAUGCUAAAGGCUUGGCGAUUAUCACUGUAUUAAAGGCCGGGUUUUUAUUCUCUGGCAGAGCUGGCUCCGGUGUUAUUGUCGCAAGAUUACCUGAUGGCUCUUGGUCACCGCCAUCUGCUAUUGUAACUGCAGGUGCCGGGGUUGGUGGCCAAAUAGGUGCUGAGCUCACAGAUUUCGUCUUUAUACUCAACACGAGAUCUGCUGUGGAAUCAUUUGCUCAAAUGGGUUCUAUAACCUUGGGCACAAAUUUAUCUGUUGCGGCAGGUCCAUUAGGCCGAAACGCUGAGGCUGCAGGUACAGCGUCUUUGAAAUCGGUAUCGGCUGUUUUCGCUUAUUCGAAAACUAAAGGUUUGUUCGCUGGUGUUUCCCUAGAGGGCUCGGCCAUUCUUGAAAGAAGAGAAACAAACAGAAAGUUUUACGGAAGCAACUGCAAAGCUAGAAAUAUUUUGGCAGGCCAAGUAGAAGCCCCUGCUGGCUGUGAACCCCUUAUGAGAGUUUUAGAAAGCAGAGUUUUUUCAAACAGGCUUUCUGAUGAUGACUCUUUCAAUGAUGACUACUAUGAUGAUAUUCCGGACGAAUUUUCCGACUCAACUUCCGAUUACUCGAGAAAUGACAGAGUUAGAUAUCAAGGAUCGCGAAGAUAUUCGGAUGAAUAUGGCUAUUCUGAUGAUGAAUAUUCUGACGAUCAUCUGCGCCAACGGCGCCAUAGUACCAAUAAUCGAACAUCCCAAGGCACAUCUGCCGGUGGAACAAGUCGUCGCUCUACAUGGGAGGAUAACAUAUAUGAUGGAGGCUCCUCACGAAGAAGAACGAACAGUGAAGUUGACAACCUCGGCAACAGACUUGCAAGUACCAAAUUGGCGGGCUCAACUGUGAGCCCUUCUAGGCCUUCUGCAAACUCUAAACCAAAUUUUGGUGGUGCUGCCCCAAAGUCAUAUGCUAAUCAGGCUAUCGCUCUUUACCUGUUCAAAGGUGAGCAGCCUGGAGACUUACCUUUUAAGAAAGGUGACGUUAUAGAUAUUUUGAAGAAAAGUGAAACCACGGACGAUUGGUGGACAGGACGAAACAAUGGUGUCAGCGGAAUCUUUCCUGCAAACUACGUAGAAUUGAUUUGA